GCAGAGGCUAUUUCUAAAGUUGAGCCCUUGGACUUUCGAAUCCCUGCCACUAAUUUGUGGAAGAUCUUAUCCGUGGUGGCUUUACUUGUCGGACUUCGUUGUACGACGAACCGGACCGAAUGACAUGCAUCUCAAGCGGUAAGAGUGAGUGCGCAAUCUCGCCGACGUGGACAGUCAUGCAUUGAGUGCAGCAGAAAGGAAUCCCAGUCUUGAAGAUGACUCUGCUCCGGUUCACGCUGAGCGAGGAAGGUGUCGGUGCAUUUCGAGAUGCUCUGGCUUGUCUGAACAAGUUCAGCGACGAAGUGUCUCUUGAGGCCAAGCGGGAUAAAUUGGUGUUCACAGCUCUGAACUCAUCCAAGUCUGCAUAUGCCUGUUUCUCGUUCGCAACUAACCGUUUCUUUUCACGGUACCACUAUGAAGGCGCAGCCCACAAUCGAGACAAGUUCUUCUGCAAGCUUUACAAUAGGGCCCUCCUAUCCCUAUUCCGGGCUCGCAGUGGAGAUCCCCUGCAUAUGAACGAGAAGGAUACCACCAUUGAGCGAUGCGAUGUUGCCAUUGAGGAUGAGGCUGGGAAGAAGAGCAGGUUCAUCGUCAAGAUCACCUGUAGAAAUGGCAUGACCACGAAAUAUCAACUACCUUUCGAGGUCAGUCCGCCCGUGCACGCCAAAUUUGACAAUGAAGAGGCGACCAAUCAUUGGUCCAUGUCUUCUCGAACACUACGCCAACUCAUGGACCACUUUGGACCUGGUAUUGAGUUUCUCGAUAUUCAUUCCGAGGAUGACCAAGUUGUCAACUUCACUUGUUUUACUGAAAAGGUUGCAAAUGGCGAUGAGGUCUUGAAGAAGCCACUGCACACGUCCAUUGCUGUUGAACGGGACGAAUUUGAAGAUUUCGAAGUUGCGGAGGACAAACUGCACAUCGUCAUCAGCGUCAAAGACUUUCGAGCCAUUAUCCAGCAUGCUGCAUUUCUGGGCAAUGAGAUAACGGCAUAUUACUCUAUGCCUUCCCGUCCGAUGCAGCUAAGAUACGAUGGCGACGGGGUCCAAUGCGACUUUCUCCUAAUGACGGUCGGUGAACGAGGGGCGCCAGGUCAGCAGCGAACCAAGAGGUCGAAGGCCAAUGCAAAGGUAUCGAGACAGCAGCAGCUAGAGUCUGCCACUAGUAGGGCAACCUCGCAUGCACCGACUCCGGCGCCGCAACCAAUACCAGCACCGCGCCAGGUUCCGAUGCCUUCUCUGCGACCAAGCAUGCAAUUCCCAUCGCAACGGCCUCCGCCGCCGGCUUUUGAUGAUGAUGAUUCACUUUUCGUACCCCAAGAUAAUGACAACCAAUGGGAUCCUGUCAAUGUCAACGAGGAGGACGAUGAAGAGGAGAAUGCCAGAUUGGAAUGGGGUGCUAGUGCCCAGCCAGUAAGAUCGCCCCUUCGUCCACAAUCCGCUUUGCCCUGAUUUUGUUUUCCAGAACCCAUCUGCCAUGAACAUGAGAUCUGUAAUGGCCCAGAGAAAUGCCGGUGACAGUGCUAUGGGAGAUGCCUCUACUGAUGCACCCGAGAGCCAGAUACCAUCUCACUUCGAGCCAAC